AUGGCCCCUAGCUUCGUCUCCCUGGGCAUGGUGGUCCUAGACGAGCUGCACUUCCCGCACGCGGCGACCAUGCACGACGUACCGGGCGGCUCCGGCGCCUUCAGCACGCUGGGUGCGCGCCUGGUUGCCGGCACGGAGCGAUCCCACGAGGUUGGGUGUGUCAUCAUGGCUGGCGAUGACUUUCCAGAGAGGACGAUUGCUCAAUUCGAAAGCUGGGGCGUGGAUCUGAUGGUGUCGAGAAAGCCGGGGAGACAGUCCACCCGAGGAUUGCUGGUGUACGAGGAUAGAGAGUUCGGACUCGACCCUCUGGAGGCAGACUCCUCGACCGGCAACUACUAG